AUGCACAGCUGCGCGGGGGGCUGGCGAUGGGCCGACUUGAGCCGCUGUCCCCUGCACCGCGCGGCGAGGACAUCGUAUUGGAGGUCCGUUGGGCAGCUCUUGCAGACACAGACUCCCAAGCUCUUCCCAUCCUCUGCCCGCCUUGCGGGCUGCAGUCGUCCUUUGGGUCUCAAGAGAUGGGUGCACUUCGAUGACAGUUGCCGCUCUCCGCCGGCCUUCUCCGGAUCCUUUUCUUCUGCGCCGACGCCUGCCGGUGGCUUUUCGCGGCAGGCCCCUGCCUGUCGGGUGGGACCGGGGAGACGUCUCGCAACCUCGCCCCAGAAGCUUUAUCAAUCUGAGUCUUCUGGUCGCCACUGCGUGCAAUGCUCCAGUCGCCACGCCGAACGAAAGCAUGGCGUGGACGCCAGUGUCUUUGCGCCUGUCGCCGGCAGAAAUGCACGCGCGUCUGAAGUAGGCACAUUGGACAUUCCCAUAGAAUCCCAGUGGAAAGAAACGUGCAGUGACAGGCCUCUUUUGCGCACGCCUGCCGCGAUGAGACGCACACUCCCCCGGCGCCGGAACUCCAGCGUCUCUCGUCGAGAAGCACGCGAACGCCGUCGGUCGACGCAGAGCGGGAAACAAGGGGCUCUUUUUGCUUCCACGUCUGCCUUCUCUCGUAGCGGGGCCUCGGACGUGCUUUGCACUGCCGCACUGCGUCGGGCGCUUGCUGCUGCCUGGUUUCACUCGCCGACGCUGUCUCGCGUCUCUCAAGUCAGAUUCCUCUCAACCGCCGACACGCGCUGCAGCCGCGGACCAGCUCUUCAACAUGCUGCACGGCAGGAUGCGCCCCGUGCCGGUGGCAGCUGGCUGGACUCAAGUCAGCGACACGCCCACACUUUGAAUGAAACUCCCCCAACGCCUCCUUCCGGCCCCCGCCACGGAUAUGGAGGCGCGCAUGCCCGCCCUCCGCAGCCGCGACCCCCCGGCGCGAGACACCAUCAGGGUUCGCGGGACGAGCGGCGGCCGCGGCCCAGCCAUCUGACAGGAAACUUCGCUUCACACGCCCAGCCACCGACAGGACUCGCCUACCGCGCUGGCGCCCCGCAGACGGGGCCUGCGACGGCUGACGGCCGAUGGCAGGCGCGCCCGCCGUUUGAUCGAAACGCAGCGUCUCCAGGCGUAACCCGACACCUGCGCGACGGCGACGGAAAGGGAGAAAAUACGCGAACUUGCGAAGACCGCAUGAGCCCGGGCGUCGCGCAGAGAGAUGCAGGCCGGCUGCUCCCCCAGGAAGGUUGUUCCCAGCACCCACGGCCUCCUGCGCCACAAAGCAACUGCGUAGGAAUCCGCGACAAGCGGCUUGACUCGGCGACCCAGGCUAGUGAACGCGAGCCGCUCCAUUCGACGCAAGCUGCCGACACCGGGAGAGCGCGUUCAAGCGUCAGCACUGUGGAAAGGCAAGGCCAGAGGGAGGACCCCGUCUGGCAGCAGGAGCCCAGGGAGCCUGUCGAAAGCUUCUCGCCCAUUGCCAUGACGUGGCGGCGCGUGGAAAAGGCGUCACGCGCCGUAGAGAUCUUCCAGCCACGAACGGCCUCGGCCGCGGAGGUCUGUGAAGUUGCGCGGAUGUGCCAAGAAGCUGACGCGCCGGAUGCGGUCGCAGGCGACUUAUCGCUGUCCUCAGCGGGCGGGGUACUGCACGACAGAAGACCCGGUGUGCGCCUCAGCACGAAAGUAGCAUUCCUCAAAAAGAUGGCCUCCAUGCCUGAGAGGAGCGUCCCUUCUCAAGAUCGUCACGUCCGCCUCCUCUUUGAGGCGGUCACCAAGGCUCUUCUUGAAAGGUUCGCGACUCACCAAAACAGUCAAGGCGGGCUCUUCGAAGAAAUUAACAGAGAACGCGCAGCCGAAGAAGCCCGCAGAAGCUCCGAAGCCGACCUGUCUCGUUCACUGCUGGCCUUUCAGCAGGCUGGCGCGCAUGCGGCGGCCACGCCCAGUCCGAUGACCGUCGCCUCCCCGCGGGCGGAGGCUCUCCGUGCGUCCUUGAGGCAACUUCGAGACGAAAACGUCGAGAUUCGAAACGAGCUCGUCACGGCCAUGUGGUCGUUUUGCAUGAUUGGAGAUCGGCGACACCUGCAGACACUCGGGCCAGCCUACGCGUCGCUGCUGGGCUGUCGGCUGGAGCAGAAUGCGCUGGCAGCGGCUCUCCAGAGCGAGCGCGCAGGAGGGAGUUCUCCGCGCGGCGAGGCGACGCCCGGAGGCGCAGGCCCUUUGGAAGCGGAAGACAUUGAGUGCGCUGCCGCUGUCCUCGGGUAUCUGCGCCGCGCACGUAUUCCAGCUGGCGUGGAGGCAGUUCUCGCAGCUCUGACGCAGGACCACGGGACGCAUCUCUCGAGCCUCUCGGCGGACGAUUUAUGCCAACUCCUCUACGAGUCGCGCUCGACGACGUCGGUGUCUGGAGGCCACCGCCCAGAAGGCGCGCCACAGCCCCGCGCGAUGCUGCUCAGCCGUCUUGCCCGAGAUGCCGCUCAAGAUGUUCCGCUGCCCUCGCCUGCGUGGGCCGCCAGAGCGGCCGCCAGUGUCGUGGACUUUGAAGGCGCGGGUCGGGCGGCAACCCGAGACUUCCUCCUCACCGCCAUCGCAGCAGAUCCCCAGGUGAUGCAGGACUCGCUCGUGGGCCUCGUACCAGUGCUGCGGCUGCUGCGUGAGCAGAGCGUCAACGAGAUGCACCCCAAAGAGGGGGACGCUGCUGUCGCCGGCUCGCCGCUUUCGCUGGAUGCCCGCAAAGCGCUCCUGCGGGCCGCGCUGCAAAUUUUGAAGCGGAACGUGGACGGUCUUCUCCCCCCCGAGAUGCUUACGUUGCUGCUUCCUUCGCCGGCUUCGCGCGCGACGGCAGCAUGUUGUCUUCCAGCGGCGGCGAGCGCCUCGCUUUCGGCGACUCCUCUGGGGCCGAGCGGCGCUUCGAACCGCCUCGUUACGCAGAGCGCUGUAGGAAAAGGCGACGGGGAAGAUGCGAGGGCCGCAGGUGGAGGGCUCCUGAGCAGCCUGCCGUGGAUCUCAGAAGAAGAACGUCGCGAGAUCCUGGCAGUGACGCUUCGAGAGCUCGCUGAACCCAAAAAUCUCUCCACGGUUCGGACGCGCGACUUGGUUGACUUGCUGUGCGACGGGAGCUUGGUGGCUGUUCUUCGAGAGGAGCGCAGUGUGCUGGAGACUCUGCUCCGCGGAGCCAUUAGCCGGACGGUGGAGCUGUCGAUCCCGUUCAACCUCCGCCUCACCUGCAGGCUCUUCCUGCUGCAAAGGGCGCUUCCCUUCGCCGUCCCCAAGUUCACCGAGAUGUUCUCUGCGUGCGCACUGAAAAGCGCCGCAGCCGCGGAGGCACUUCUCGCCCGCCGCGCAGAAGAUGAAGACGACCCAGUUGCGCAGACUCCGCUGGACGACUUGCUCCUCUCAGUUGAAGACGUCGAGGAAGCCUGUGACCUCCUUGAGAACCUGAACGCCACGAACGACCUCGCGCCCGCAGCCUUCGCACGGCACCUGCUGCUUCAACUGCCGACGCAGCUCUCCGCGAGGGCUGCGCGCGACGGCGGAGAGAAGAACGCGGCCUCGGCUGCUCGCGGGUCGGCCGCGGCGACGAGCGAGGAAGCCGAGCAGGCUGCCUACGCAGUUGCGGCGUGGCUUCGCGCCGCCACGCGCGUUCUGUUUCUCACCGUGGACACGCGCUCCGCCUUCGACGCCUUCAGCAGCGCGGUGAUGCGCUGCCUCGUGGACGCCGUCCGCGCCGCGUCUUCUGUCGCGUCGACGUCUCCCUUCGAGGACCCGCUCGCGCUGCUGAGCCUCGACGCCCGGAUCCACUGCCUCUGGAGCCUCUGCGUGCUGGACUUCCACCUCGUAAACGAGAACUUCCUGGCCUGCCUGGAGGCGCUCCUUCGGCCUGCGACUCGCGCGCCCCGGGCAGAAGGCGCGGCGGCGCUCCGCGACCCGCGCUCUGCCUUUCUUUUGCAGAAUCUGGCUGAGACCCUGGAGGCGGAGCUCCCGAGCGCCUUCAGCCCACGAGCGGGCUGCGCGGACACGCAGAGUCUGCUUCGCGAAGGUUUGCAGGCGCUGGAGCCGCGCGUGGCGCAGAGCCGCGAUGAGGGCGCGCCUCGUUUUCUGCUGGAGGGGUUCGACGACGAGCGCCAGCGCAUGGCGACGGAGAUCGCUGCGGAGCUCCACGAAGCCUGCCGAGUCGCGGCGGCAGGCAGUCGCAGUCUGCUGGGGAGUGCGCCCUGGCUCUGCGCCGCACCCGCCUCGCUCGCGAGACUUCCUCAGCGCGUGGUAGCGGCCGUCGGGCGCCAGGCGAACGUCGCAGUCGAGAGACCUGUUCGCCACAUACGUGAGGAAAGCGUGUUGCGCAAGCUUGUGGACAUGCGUGAGGGGAUGCACAUCGCACUCGCGGAUGUCCCGUGUGCAUCUGCAAACAGACUCGGCGUCGCGAGCGCGUGGACGCCGCAUGCGUCGCUCGGCGGCGAAGCGUCGCCGGACCUCGCUCUCACCUAUGCGUCGUCUGAGCGCAGAGACGCUUCGCCUCCGCCGCGGCGCGGGCUGCUUUUGGUGCCGCUCGCGCGCGCGCAUUUCGCCUCGGUUGUCGCCGCGUCUGCGGCGAGCGACUCGGUCAGCGCGUCGGUGGGGCCGGGGCAGAGCGACGGGGACAACGCGGAGAAAGUUGGGAAAGGGCGAGUCUGGAAGCAGACCGACCGGCGGCGCGUGUCGGCGGAACUCGCCGAGGCCUGGGCGAGGAAAAGAGGACGCGCGCUGGCGGAAAAAUGGAAAAUCUGCUCCAUCCCGGCCGACGAGUGGAACGCGGUCAAGGGGGACAGGGACCGGAGACGCCGCCUGCUUAAACAGAAGCUCGAUUUCGCAAGGCUGAGCAGCCACCCAUCCCUGCAGCGCCGGGGCUAG